AUGCCCGGCGAAGUCCAGCCGCACGGAGCAGCGCCGCAGCUCUCGUGAACCGCGGGCGUCGACGCCUCUCCGACUUGCUCCUCUGGCCCCAAGCGCUCUGCCAGCAUUUCCUACCCCACGAAUGGCUACUCAGAGGAAGCACUUGGUGAAAGAUUUCAACCCGCACAUCACCUGCUAUAUCUGUAAAGGCUAUCUCAUCAAGCCAACUACAGUAACUGAGUGCCUCCAUACCUUUUGUAAGACUUGUAUUGUUCAACACUUUGAAGACAGCAAUGACUGUCCCAGGUGUGGCAACCAAGUGCAUGAGACCAAUCCACUAGAAAUGUUAAGGCUGGAUAACACCUUAGAGGAAAUUAUAUUUAAGCUGGUGCCUGGACUUCGAGAACAGGAACUGCAGCGAGAGAUCGAAUUUUGGAAGAAAAACAAACCUCAAGAAAAUGGACAAGAGGAAAGCCCAAAAGCUGAGAAACCAAAAGUAGAUGAGGAGUGUGAUGAAAAUGAAGAAGAUAAAGACUAUCACAGGAGUGACCCACAGAUUGCUAUCUGCCUUGACUGUUUACGCAACAAUGGGCAGUCAGGAGAUAAUGUAGUCAAAGGCUUAAUGAAGAAAUUUAUCCGCUGUUCUACUCGAGUGACCGUGGGAACUAUCAAAAAGUUUCUCAGCUUAAAAUUAAAACUUCCAAGUUCAUAUGAGCUGGAUGUACUAUGCAAUGGAGAAAUCAUGGGGAAGGAUCAUACUAUGGAAUUCAUCUAUAUGACAAGAUGGAGACUAAGAGGCGAAAACUUUCGGUGUCAGAACUGCUCAUCUUCGCAAGUCUGCUCACAGGAUGGCACUUUUUAUCAGUCUUACCCUAUGGUACUUCAGUAUCGACCUAGAAUUGACUUCGGUUAGACCAAAGGGCCAGAUUCCACUGAGAUGAAUCCUGCACUAUUUGUUUACCCAUCGACAGAUUGCACAAUGAAUGGAUGUGCCUGGAUUAGGGGGACACAACCAGAUUUUCAGCAUGCAAAUAAGGACAUUGUCUUUCUUAAAAUUGUCAGUUGCAUCUCUGUUGUUUCUAUUAGAGCAAGCCAAGUGCCAUUCUGCUACUGAAAUGUGCAUAAGAUAUUUGUGUAUCUUACGAGUGUGCUGCAAAUCAUAGCCAAAAUCAUGAAGUGUACAGUCAAGAUUCAAAAACUACGGAAUAUUUUUGCUUGUGUGUUAGAAAAUUUUUCUGGUCCUAAUAUUGAUUACACUAGCAAAAUGGCAGAGUGCUCAUUCCAUGUGGUGUUGCAGUUUCACACGCUAUUUUACUGAAUAUUGUAUAAAUCAUAGAGUACUGUACAAGUAACUAAGGAUUAUACCUUGAAAAUAUUUUGUAUAGAAAAUAUAUUUAGAAAAGUGGUGAUUGGGCCACUACCUUUUGCUUGAUAAACUUCUCAUGGGUCCAGGUAUAGCUCACUCAUGAGUGUGCAACAGUCCUUUUGCAGUGGAUGAAGAUUAAUUGCCCUUAACAAGAGAUGGAGAACAUGGUAAUUCAAAACAGCAAUUUUAAAUCUGCUAAAUAGAUUCUGCUAAUAUUGCUUAAAAGCAUUGCAGCCUUUGUGAUUGCACUUUUCUAUGGGUUCCCGAAAGACUGAAAUUUGGAAUACUAUCUAUUUUUGGAAUAUGGCUUCUGGUCAGAUUACAUUUCUUCUAAUAAAGCCUUCAUAAAAAUGAAGUUUAUAAUAA